CUAGUUGCGCUACCGUUGAUUAUUCUGUAAUGCUUUGUUCCAUAGGAGGUGGCCUUUCAUAAAAAUAUUGGUUUGAGUGAAACUGCUUAAAUCCAUUGAACUUCUAUGACUGGACAGUGAUAGUUUCUGAGUCCUAAUAACUAAAUUAGUUUCAGACUCUGACAAAUCAAUUGGUGUUUCCCAUUACUGAACAAAGUUGCAGGUCUUCAGAAUUAAACAUAAUUUUAUGAGUGUUCGUCACAGUAAACUUCAGCUUGAAGUUAUUCGCUUAUAUCGAGAAUUUUUACGAACUGUUCAACAAAUAGAAACUAAAUCAAAGUCAGAAAAUAACAACAACAUUUCCUCGAACAGAAGUUCUAAUCCCAGUCAACUUAGAGAAUUUAUUCGUUCCGAGUUUCGAUCUCAAGCAGCUGCCUAUAAAAAGACAGACACUUUUGGUAUUGAAGCUGCCCUACGUAGAGGUCAAAGACGCUUGGAGGACAUCAAAUCAGGGACCGUCAUAAACAUUAAGAAAAUAUCUGUUGGUCAACAAGAUCAUGGUGGACAAACAACUGAUCGGAAAGAUUAA